AUGAACGCCGCUUUGGAGACGGAUUCCGAGAAUGAGGGCCUCUCCCAGGUCCUGGCGAAGCUCAAGCGGCGCGCGCCUGAUGGGGCGACCAAGCCCCUCCAAAAUCGCCGCCGCCGUCGCGUGGUGUACUCAUCGCCCGACUUCUCGGACGAGGAUGACAGCCCGUCUUCGGGUCGCAGGCACGUUGCGAGCGCCGGGCACCUCCCCGUGCCAGUCAAAGGGGACGUGCCCGUGAUGGAGUGCCCCAUGCCAGACGACCUCCCUCCGUUGCCCGAGGACGACGACUGGUCGGACGACCUCCCGCCAGAGCCGGAGGAGGUGGACUGGCUGGACGAUGGAUCUGACUGGAGGCUGGAGGACGCGUUCGACAAAUCGUGCGCGAUUGUGCCGCAACCGCGCGGAGCCAACAACCGGGGGGCCUCUUCCAUGACGUCAGCAGCCAUCCCCCAAAAUGGUUUUGCCAAGCUAGUAGCCCAUUUCAAAUGCUUCCUUGGGCCGCCGGAACCGACCCCAGCUGACGCGGGGGACCCGUCGCGAGUCAACCCCAAUCGUGGCCGCCGCUCAUCACUUUCACUCGCUGGGCGUGGCGUCACUGACGUUCAACAUGAGGCUCUUUUUGAACGAGAAGGGCGAAGAGAAGAAAGCGGCCGCCGGCCUCAUGCGCAAUUGGCAAAAGGUUGA